UGUCACUCUCUUCAGUCUGUUCAUUUCUGGUCGUGAAUAGUGACUCGUGAGUCAAGACUCGUGACAGUCAGAAGUCUCGAGGAAGUAAAGUCUAGAGAGAUAUUCGGUGCUGCAGACUUGAAAGUUCGAACCUCAUUGCUCUGCGUUUACGCAUUUACGCAGGCUAAACGAACAACGGUAGUCGUAGGCCUCAUUUCGCUUGUUGAUAACAAGGAGUCGCACACCUGGCGGUCGCACACGGGUAGUCGCUCACCAGCCAUCGCACGCUCGUUACAAUGUCGGCAAUAGAGCUUGUCCAGGGUCCCCAGUCAUUCACCGACUAUGGCGCAUCGCCGUCCGCGGACGGCGGAAAGGACUCCUUCCGCUCCGCCGGCUCCGCGGGAUCCGCCGGUUCCGCCUCCCCGCAGCAGGCGAUGCACAGCCAGGACCGCUUUCUCGACAUGGGCGCAGGCCACCACGGCUUUAAAGGCGCCUCGUUCUCCUCCGCCGUCUUUAAUCUCGUGACGACCGUGGUCGGCGCGGGCAUCAUGGGCCUCCCCGCAACGAUGCGCGUGCUCGGGAUCCCCCUCGGGAUCAUCGCGCUCGUGGCAAUGGGGGUAUUAACGCAAGUAUCCCUGGAAUUACUGAUUAAAACGACGACGGUGCAGCAGGUGUGGUCGUACGGCGACCUCGUGCUGCAGGAGUGCGGAGCCAAGUGGAGGCUCGUACUCGAUAUAUCCGUCCUCGUUAACAACUUCGGGCUGUGCGUCGUGUAUUUGAUUAUUAUAGCGGAUGUGCUAGCGGGGACGUGGUCUACUAUCGGGUCCGCGCAUCCCGGGCUGUUGAAGGAGUGGAACGGCGGGGAGGCCGCGUGGUGGAACACGCGCUUCUUUGUACUCUUUAUUGUCACGAUCGUUAUCCUCGUGCCGCUGGCGUCCUUCCGCCACGUGGAUUCACUGCACUACACGUCAGCAAUCUCCGUCGUCCUGGCGCUCAUCUUCGUUAUAAUCACGCUCAUUCUCACCAUCGUCAAGCUGGUCCAGGGCACCCUCCCCCCGCCACGCUGGUUACCCUUCGUUGACGCGCCCAACUUUAUCGCAGCCCUCUGCUCCGUCUUCCCGGUCAUGGCCACUGCAUACAUCUGCCACUUCAACAUCCACCCGAUCUACGUGGAGCUGAAGGAGCGCACGGAGCAGAACAUGACGCAGGUGACGCGCUUCUCCAUGGGCGCGUGCUUCGCCAUCUACUGCCUCACCUCGCUCUGCGGCUACCUGCUCUUCGGCGACGCCACGGCGCCGGACGUGCUUGCCAACUUCUCCACCCCGCUGCUCACUGGGAAGCAGUGGAUCAACGACGUGGUGCGGGUCUCGUACGCGCUGCACGUGGUGCUCGUGUUCCCCGUGAUCUACUACUCGCUAAGGAAUGUGACGGAUGAUCUGUUCUGCUACAACUCGGGGAAGUCGCUCGCGGAGGACGAUCGGCGGUUCUGGAUCAUCACUGGCGUGCAGCUGGGGGGGAUCUUCCUGAUCUCCACACUCGUGCCGAACAUCUGGGUGGCGUUUGACUUCACGGGGGCUACCUCGACCAUGAUCAUCGGGAUGGUCUUCCCUGCUGUCAUUGCGCUCAGGGACCGGUCGGGCGUGGUGCAUGGGUGGGAGCGCAAGACGUCGUGGGUGAUGAUCGUGUGGGCGGCCAUCAUCUGUGUCACGAGUGUGGGGUCGUCCAUCUACAUGCUCGUGGUGGGCAUUGCCAGCCAGCCCGGGUCGCAGAACACUCAAGGAUAGACGGGCAGUGAAGGGAACACUGAGUCAGAGGAGAGUAAAUGGAGAGUAAGAGGAGAGGAGAGGCACAUUCGAGCUGUGCUUCUUGGACAAUACUGGCGUAUAGCAUAUCGCACAUGUAGAGAUACCAGUAGGGUUCAAGUGCACAUGAUUGCACCUGUGGCAUUUAGGUAGUAGAACAACCUGGCAAGUUCAGAAGUCUAAGUAUUUGAUGCAUGUGCUGCAUUGCCCUGCAUGUUCGGUAGUAGGUUCUCCUGGAUCAGCAGGGGUACAGCCUUGAAUACAUGUUACUCCACAAU